GAACUCUGCUGCACCGCCUGGGGUGGUUGCGUGGGAUGCCAUAUUGACUUUAGCGCGAGACAACAAUGCUGCUGGCAUCGUGGAGCUAUUGGAACGGGGGGCGCCCCCAAGCUACUGCAACAGGGUGGGGCAGACACCGCUGCACAUUGCCACCAUGUGGGGCAGCGUCGAAGCAUGCAAGGCCUUGCUUUACGCCCUCGCGGAUCCCAACGCGGCCAACAGGCUCCGUGGAUCCACUCCGUUGCAUGCGGCCGUGCUGGGGAGAGGGCCGGUGGAAAAGCGUGCCGAGUGCGUGAAGCUGAUCGUGAAGGCGAAGGGUGAUCCGGCACGUCCAGACUUGGGAGGGGAUCGACCCAUAGAUAUGGCCAGUGACGAGGUGGUUCGAAUUGCUCUUGGAGCCCAACCACUGCUGCUUCACAAGGCCGCAGGCGAACGGCAGAUCAACACCCUGAAACAGCUGAUCGCGCAGAUCCGCGGUGGUGCUCUGACUUUGACGCUGGACACAGCAAAUCCUCAGGGAGAGACUGCCCUGCAUGUGGCCUGUAUAUAUAGCUGGCCUGAAGGUCUUCAGGCACUGCUGGAAGCCAGGUCUGAUGUGAAUGCCGACACCAAUGAGCGCCGAAGCGCAUUGCAUCUGGCAACGCUUAGUGGAGACGUGAGGACAGUCAAGCUGCUUCUCAAUGCAGAGGCAAACGUGAACAUACAAGACGCGGAUAUGGAUCGUGACCCCCGCUACGCCAGCAAAGAGCAGGAGACGCCUGACCAGCACCGCACGGCACUUCACUAUGCGGCAGCGCAAAGUAACUGCAGCCCGGUGAAGCUUUUGCUGGAGGCAAGGGCCUCCGUAAACGCGGUGGAUUCGCAGCAGAUGACUCCGCUUCACCUCUGCCUUGCAGCGAGCGAGGAAAGUGACAUGGAGGUGGCCUGCGGCGUUCGCGUGGAUGGACUGCAGAGCAAGGCUGCAUGGAACGGGCGCCUGGGUAGCGUCAUUGGGCCAUCGGUUCCCUCAACGGAGAGGUCUGUCUUGCGGUGGCCCGUGCUCAUUGAGGGGAAUCAGGAGGGAGUGAUGCUGAAGGCGGAAAACCUCUCGAGGGUGCAUCUUGAGACGGUGGAUAGCCUUCUCGAGGCUCGUGCUGAUGUGAAUCUGGGGAAUCUGCAGUGGGGCGAAGGGCGCACCUUUCUGCAUGAGGCCGCACAUAUGGGUGAUUUGGAGAUGUCCAAACGUGCCCUGCUGGCGGGAGCAGACAUCAAUCGGAAGGAUAAGCUGGGCUUCUCCCCAUUGCACUUGGCAGUGAGGGCAAGGAAGUCUGAAGUCAUCAGGCGCGAAGACAUCGUUUGGGUCCAUGACAGGCUUGUCAAGUCUCAGUGA